CCUUCUGGGAAUUCGGCUAGAGCCAGCGCCUUUCUUUUGCACACCCAGGCUCUGGCACUGAGCUCCGCUUUCUCCGCACCCACGGCGGCUCGGCUUUCCCGCCCGUGCUUUCCCGGGGCUCCCCCUCCUCGGCCGCCCGGCAGUACGUGCAGGCUGCAGAGCGGGCCGCGGCCCGGGCGGCGAGCGCUAGGACCCAGCAGGACUCCGGGCCCGGGUGGGAGCCGAGCCGCCGACCCCGUGCAGGCGCCGGGCGCUGGAGCCGGGUGUUCCGGCCGCGGUCGGUGCAGCUCGGCUGGGAGACGGCGCGAGCCGGCGGCGGGGUCCCCCGCGAGUCCAGCGCCGCCGCAGCCCCCCAAUGCGGCCGCGAGAAGCAGCUGGGGGGCAGGCGAUCGAAGCAGCCUCUAGAAGUGUUGUCUGGUGAAUAUGAAGGCACCUUUGUCCUUUCUGGAGCGAUGCUGACCUCCGUUUCCUGGACCCAUUCUGACUCAGUCAUGAGAUGGUAACUUUGUCCCAGCACAUAUAUCCACUAUGAUGUGUCACCUCACCAAAGGCCCAAAGCAAGAUGACCACCAAUGGAUAGGAGCCUCCAAAAAAAUAAAAAGAGCCAAAAAAAAAGCAUGUUUUCUCUUUAUAAGGAGCCUUCACGUAAAUGGGUCCAGUCAUGCCUGCCAGUAAGAAGCCCGAGAGCUCAGGAAUCAGUGUGUCCAGUGGACUGAGUCAGCGUUACCGGGGCAGCGGUUUCUCCAAGGCCCUCCAGGAAGAUGAUGAUCUCGACUUCCCUCUGCCUGACAUCAGAUUAGAAGAGGGGACCAUGGAAGAUGAAGAGCUGACCAACCUGAACUGGCUGCAUGAGGGCAAGAACUUGCUGAAGAGCUUUGGGGAGUCGGUCCUUCGGAGUGUCAGUCCUGUGCAGGACCUAGACGAUGACACCCCACCAUCCCCCGCCCACUCGGACAUGCCCUACGAUGCCAGGCAGAACCCCAACUGCAAGCCCCCCUACUCCUUCAGCUGCCUCAUAUUUAUGGCCAUUGAGGACUCUCCAACCAAGCGCCUGCCAGUGAAGGAUAUCUACAACUGGAUCUUAGAACAUUUCCCGUAUUUUGCAAAUGCACCUACUGGGUGGAAAAACUCAGUGAGACAUAAUUUGUCAUUGAAUAAGUGUUUCAAGAAAGUGGACAAAGAGAGGAGUCAGAGUAUUGGGAAAGGGUCAUUGUGGUGCAUAGACCCAGAGUAUAGACAAAAUCUAAUCCAGGCUUUGAAGAAGACACCUCACCACCCACCUCCAACUCCUCAGGCUUAUCAAAGCACAUCAGGUCCACCCAUCUGGCCGGGCAGUACCUUCUUCAAGAGAAAUGGAGCCCUUCUGCAAGAUCCUGACAUUGAUGCUGCCAGUGCCAUGAUGCUUUUGAAUUCUCCCCCUGAGAUACAAGCAGGUUUUUCUCCAGGAGUGAUACAAAAUGGAGCGAGGGUUCUGAGCCGAGGGCUGUUUCCUGGUGUCCGGCCAUUGCCAAUCACUCCCAUCGGGAUGACAGCAGCCAUAAGGAGUAGCAUCACCAGUUGCCGGAUGCGGACUGAGAGCGAGCCACCAUGUGGCUCCCCAGUGGUCAGUGGCGACCCCAAGGAGGACCACAACUACAGUAGUGCCAAGUCCUCCAAUGCCCGGAGCACCUCUCCCACCAGCGACUCCAUCUCUUCCUCCUCCUCCUCCUCAGCCGACGACCACUAUGAGUUUGCCACGAAGGGGAGCCAAGAGGGCAGUGAGGGAAGCUUCCAGAGCCAUGAGAGCCACAGUGAAACAGAGGAGGAUGACCGGAAACCCAGCCAGAAGGAGGGCAAGGAUGCCCUGGGGGACAGCGGAUACGCAUCCCAGCACAAGAAGCGCCAGCACUUCGCCAAGGCCAGGAAGGUCCCUAGCGACACACUGCCCCUCAAAAAGAGACGCACAGAGAAGCCGCCUGAGAGCGAUGAUGAGGAGAUGAAGGAGGCGGCCGGUUCGCUCCUGCACUUGGCAGGGAUUCGGUCCUGUUUGAACAACAUCACCAAUCGGACGGCCAAGGGGCAGAAAGAACAAAAGGAAACCGCAAAAAAUUGAAACAAGUCUCUGAUUUGUUUUGAACUUAUGGCCAUUUGGUUUCAGCAUGUCAGGAGAUUUCUAAUGAUUUGUGGCAAUAUCAGCAAUUUUUUUUCUUUUUCUUUUUUCCUUUUGUUGGUUUGGUUUUCUUUUCUUUCUUUACUUUUUUUUUUUUUUAAUUUGCCCCCCACUCCUUUGUUUUUGGACCCUUAAGAAUUUUCUGUUUAAAGGAGAUUGAAGCCAUAGAAACUCAUAUUGACCCUCAGCCGUUUUACAAAAGCUUUUCUUUAUCUGAAUACAAAAACCGAAAGAAAAAAAAAGCCAAAAUUAACCAUUGCUUCCUGCAGCCUGUCAGAAACCUGUGGCUAACCCCACAGGGCUGUCCACAUUAAUGCCACAGGAGCGUCACGCUCCACCUAAGAGGCACGCAAGCAGACAUCACUGCUCAGCCCAACCCUUAGGUUUAAGAAGUCAGUUGUGUUUGGAGUGAGGCUGGGGAGCAGCUGCAGAGACUAAAGAGCCCGAGUCCCCUAGGAACAGAUUAUCCGCUCGGGGUAGCCCCAUGCUCUGGCCCUGGCAUCCCAGCAUACGGGAAAUGCCGUUGGCAUUGCUGUGUGGCGAGCCCAGGGCCUGGCUGCCAGUCCUCUGUGUUUGUUAAUCUUGAGCCUGGUAACAUCUCCCAAGUUAAAAUUCCAGACUGUUCAGGUAUGUUAGGUGUCAGUGACUGAGGAGGGAAAACAGGGAUCUUUAGAGCCAUUGAUAACCACUGAAUUCUGCUCUAUGUUAAAUUAAAAAGACGUUCCAAAAGCCAUAAGCCUGAAGGUUGGUCCUGUGUGUGUCACAACUCAAGGUGAUGCAGAAAACAGGCUGUGCCCUCUUAACUGCCCAAGGAAAAGCAAUCAUGCCCAAGAAAUGACAGUAGCUGUUAAGAAAGGAAAAAUGGUAUAGAUUUUUUUUCCUCCUAAAUAAUCUCAUCCAAGUUUGGGGGGGGGGUGCGCUACAGAAACUGCCAUUAGUAUUAUGGUGUCUUUCUAUGAGGUUAAAGACACGUUGAUGGACUCAAAAAAAAAAGCAAAAACAUGACAAACAAUACAACUCCUGUACUGUCCUCAAAAAGGGUUUGCAAUUAAUAUCAGUACUCAUUUUUGCAACAAAGAAAAAAAGAAAAGAUCAGUGAUUUUUCACAUUCAGCCAGUGUAGCCAGCAGAAAUUUCUGAUCCACAAAUGCAUGGAUUCCUUUGAAGAAAAAAAAAAAGAAAAAGAAAAAAAAAUCACAAAAACAAACUUUUUUUUAUUCAAAAAUAACAAAGUUCUUGUAAGGUAAAUAAUGUAUUUAGCAUGAAGCAUGGAUUAUUUUCAUAUAAAUAUAGAGAAUAGAGAGAAGACUAUGCCUCUGAUUUUUAAGCCCUUAAGCUUAGAGGCCCUUGUUCUUUUUCUUUCUUUCUUUUUCCUUUUCUUUCCUUUUCUUCUUUUUUGUUGUUGUUGUUAUAAUUUUGUUUGUUUUUUUGUUUUGUUUUGUUUUUUUGUUUUUUUGUUUUUGUUUUUUUUUGAAGCAGGUGUUAAAGGUUUAACCUUCUUCAGGGACAAAAUUCUGACUCUUGGGGAACUUACUCUGCAAUAUAAAUUAUCUUCAUGCUCUGGUAGGGGCUUGGAUGGUUGAGCUCUGUACUGCCUUGUCUGCACUCAGCCCCGACCCCUCUGAUUCUCUACUGAAGAGUGUGUCCUUCCCUAUGUCUGUAUGUGUUUAACAUGACGCAAUAAUUCGAGGGCAAACUUAGUGUGUACGAUAGAAUCAAGAGAGUUACGGGAUGCUUACUUGAGGAAAAUCCUUACCGUGAUCUGGUUCUAGGAAAAAGGCAGUGAAUAAUUAUGCAAAUUCGCCAGAAGAAGGGGAAACAUGCUAAUGGGCCUUACUGGGUGAGGGUAAGAGAUGGGUACAUGGGUAGGAGGAAGUACGCUGUCAAGGGGUUCGAUGGAGCAGCCCCGAGCAUUCUCCUGUGACAGUGUGACUUCACAAGGAGCAGGGGGCUGGCCAUCUCUGCCACCUCGGCACAGUAACCAUCUUGGGACUAAGACCACCUAGCUAGUGAGAGCUGAAUAACAACCAGACCAUGUCACACAAGCCAGAAACUCCAGUUACCUUUGCCAAAAAAAAAAAAAAAAAUUGAGGUCUAAAGAGAAAUCCCUAAAACAAUAUGGCCUCCCAUCCAAAUGGAGGGAACUUUUAAAAACAAAAACACUACAGUGGCUCAGGGUCAGAUGUCUGGAAGAGAGAGGAAACUAAAGUGACCUUGAACUCUUGAAACAAGGCAGUGGUGGGCCUUUAAAACUAUUUCCACCUGUCAGUACCAGGCACCAUGGCAACCACGAGGUACCAUGGCAACCACCGCAGCCUGGAAGCACAGGAGCCUGGGAGGUUAUCUGGUGCAUUUCCCCCUACCCAACCUGAGGGCAGCUUUUGGGUGGGAGGGGGUCUCCCACUUUAGGGCAGGCUAGAUUUACCCCCACGUGGCCUGCAGCCUGGGCUCUCUCAGUAUGGAGGUUCAGGGUUAGAUGAGAGCACAGGUAUGUUCUCCACAAACCUCUGACACCCUACAAGCCAUCCACAGCUCUGGAACCCUGAGCCACGCUUUGGUUUCUGCUGUCACCUUACCAAGUCCAAAAGUCCCCACCCCCACCCCCAACCCCAAGAUGUUCAAAUUCAGACCUGAAGGUAACGGUAAGCAGUCGGCACCGUUUCUGGCAGGGGACUUCUUCCGGUGAAAACCCCACACGGGCUGUCUCCCCUCGGUUCAUUUUUUCUGAAGGGGCAGAGGCCUCUCAGAGAUGGCAAGAUGCAGUGUGUGUGUGAUGUACUUUUCUGAUCUCACUGAGAUCUGGAAAACUAUCUUAUACAAGUGUGUUCUGAACCCCAGAACCACUCCGUUUGCAUAAAUACCUCAUCGGGCAGCUUUCUAAGUGUUAUUUUCCUGAGCCUCCCUUGGCACCUUUGUUGGAAUUUUCUGGAAGACUUGUUGGGGAAAUUUUAGUAAGGGUACUUUUUUUCUAUUUUCCUUCUGUUUUGGGCGGCAUACACAUUAUGCAUAACCAAAACAAUGGCUCAAUUGUGUUUUACUCUGUAUUUUGACUGUUGAGGCGAAAACAAAGUCAUCAGUGUGUAUGUGGCUGUCUGUAGCAAAGUCUGCCGAAUGAGGCUGUCCGUGUCCUUAACAAGCCAAGGGGCAGGAGGCACCCUCUCUUUCCCCUCCCCCAAGAGCAGUAGAGAAUUUAAGCACAAGCCUAUUUGUGAAAGAAUAUUUUGCUUAAGUGUAAUUCACUUUAGUGUUGGACUUCCUUCCCAAAUGUCAGGUGUUCUUUUAUUUUUCAACCUAGCCUGUGUAUCCAUUAGUCUGACAGAUCACCUGAACAUCCUUAAAGGGAUGUGUUGUUGGUUUUUUUUUUCCUUGCAUUUCUCCUGUGGGGAGAAGUGGCAGUUCAUGUGUCAUUCCAGUAUCUCACGGACUCACAUGGGUUGGGGGGAGGGCAAGUGGGGAACUAUAGCAAUAUUUACAGAUGCUUUGGGGACACAUCAGCACCGUGACUUUACAACUACUGGCUGUCGGCCCUCUGACACACUUAAGAGAAGAGAGAGACUUGCUUUCUCUUCUUAGGUGAUACUCACAUUGACAUUUUGAUCCCGCUCCUGACAGUCUUUCCUUGUUCUCUAGUACUUUUUGGAAAGGGUCUGCACCAUACAUAUUCUUUUCUACUCUCUUACCAAGCUCCUACUUCGCUCUGCAUCUCCAGUCAAUAUGUUUUUCAAGAGUUCUUUUAGUAAAGCUGGCUCUCUGAAACUAAAGUGGAUUGUGGUGUAAGGAAGCCGUGGUGGGGAUGACCAAGGCAGGUCUCCAUCGUGGGGCUGAGCCUUGUAAGGAGAAAUGGGUUGGUGCCCUUUUCCUUAGAGUCAUUAGCGCGGCUAGUGCCUCCUGUUCACAGCAGUCCCUACCACGGAGCUUUCUUGAAGGACUAUUGCAUUCUGUGACGCCCGGCAAGAGGCGGGGUCAUUUCAGUGCCUAGAGUCCCAACACAGCAGGCCCAUGUGCAAUGUCCCAAGGCACCAAUUUGGGGUUUUUUUUUGUUUUUGUUUUUGAUGCCACUCCAACCUCUGGACUCUCCCUUGGGGGGUGGAGGAGUCUAUGACAUGAUGCCAGAGCCAGAGUUAGGGACAAGUGAUCGGAAUGGGAAGUUUUCCCUUAUAUGGGAUUAGACUAAAUUCAGUGUGGUUUCUCUUUCCCCUUUCAAACUUUAUUCAGGUUGGGACUCAUUUCUUUCUGGUGGAUCACAGCUGCCCAGAUGUGUAGAUUGAUUUCUAUGUUCUAUAGAGAAGUCCUUUUCUCUCAUCUUCAACAGGGUUUUUAUUUUAUUUUAUUUUUGCCACCAAGAGAAAACAUUGGAACAUGUGUCCCUUCUUGAUCGUGACUUUCCAGUGUUGACAGUUCAGUUCUUUGUGUUGUAGGUCCCAGCCCACCAGUACUAUAUCAAACACUGUUAGUCACAUGAUGCAGCACUGUGAUCUAAUUUAAAUAAUACUUUUUUAUUAUUUAUACUACUAUAUAUAAUAUACAUCAACACUUUUGCUAUAUAACCUAAGUCAUAAGCCCUUUUUUUGGUUACCUGUCAGACUCUAGACUUUGGUUUCUAUUGCAGUUAACACAGUUACAGAAUUGUAAUGGUGUCUUGUUUUUUUGUUUUGUUUUGUUUUGUUUUUUCUUUGUAACGGAAUGUGUAAAUCAAAGUAUAUACAUUGUGUGGUGUUCCUGUUUCUUGGGAUGUCAUGAGGAGUUACACACAGCAUUCAGUGUUCUGUAUAGACCUGCCCACCUUUGUGAAUUCAUCUGUAAACUCCUCCUCCUUUGAGAGCUUGCCAGCCAUGGUGGCUAACUCCCAGUGUCCUCUCUCCUGCUGGCUAGUCUUGAAUUAAGCACAGACUCAUCCACUCGGUUGCUUUAUCAUGAAUAAUGGGUGUGACUUGGUCACUCUUCUACCCUUCAGCAAACAAGUGCUAGCUUCACUGACCAAAAAUUAAGGAAGGAAAACACCAUUUUUAAAACGAUCCACCUUUUCAUGGCCGAGACGGAUGUUAGUCUACGGUGCUGCUGCCUCGUGCUGUCGAGCCUCUGGAACGAGCCCGCUGUGGAAUGACCAUUUCUGACUUGCUGUGGGAUGCUCACAAGUACCCUUGCUGUCUCGUUAGUAUUGGAAUCAAGACUAUUUGGAAUCUAUACAGCAGUGUUCCUCCACUGUGUUUCAUUUGCAAAAGUAGAGAACAUGCCUUCUCCGCUCUUUUGCAAAUAAUUGAUACUCCAUAUUGGAUUCUCAAAAGACUUCGAUAUGGUGAUCCUGUCAAACCUAGAAAUUGUAUUAUCUUUUCAUACCUGACUUCCCCAUUUCUCCUGUUUUAGAGGAAAGAGCACACUUUCAGUUACAGACACAGUCACCAUUUCUAGAGUAUGUGUGUUGAAGCCAUCCAAGGUCAAAGCUGGCUCAGACAGACCCACUCCAUCGUUCUCACUGCCUGUCCUGCCAUGGUGAACAUGGGGGAGAAGAAGAAUCUGUGUGUGUCUGGGAAACAGCUACAUAGACUUUUUUCUUUUUCUUUCUUUCUUUUUUUUUACUACUCUGAUUCUGUAACACUUCUGAGUUUUGUUCUAAUUUUACAGAAAACAAACAAGACCACAAUGAUGAAGCAGAAGACCACGAAGUUUGUAGCUGAAUCAGGGUCACCUGACCUUUCCUGGCCAACAGGUCUACAUGGCCAAAUUAAUUUACAAGAGUAAUAAUUUCUUCAGAAGCCAAUUUUUUUUCCCUGUAUUUCUGUACAAAACUGCCAAUAUCAUGACCAGAAGGGGAGAACCAUACAGGAGAGAGGGAAUGAUGCUCGGUGGUGUUUGCAUUAGCCUAGAGCAGCGAGCGCCGUGGGGAUGGCUCCGUCAGCCGAGCUCCAGGGACUUGGUGUUGCUUGGGAGGGAUCCAUACAGCAUUUUGCGUUCUUCAUGUGUAAUCAUAUUGCCAAAGACAAACUACUUCAUCAUUUAUUGUAAAUAACACUUCCCCAGACCUACCAUAACGUUUCUGUGAUGUAUUGUCUUCCAGUUGCAAUAAAAAUGACUGAGUUGCAUCAAUUGAA